AAGUUUAUAAUUCCAGGACAAAAUACAAUAAAAACUUACCCCGACCUCAAAAUAUUGCGGGGUAAGUUUUUAUUAUAUUUUGUCCAUUAUUUUGAGAUUUUGGUUUUAGUGUUUGUGGUUUUUCUUUUAUAACCCUGUGCCCUAUAGGUGUUUGAUAAAAUUCCUAUUCCAGCUUCACUUAUAUUCUGUUUUGAUUUAUUUUUUGGUUUCUAUGGGUUUGGCCUGUAAGUUCUUUUUUGCUGAGUUUAACUUUUAUUAUCUUUAUUCUAAUUCAGUUUCUCCGAGUAUUUUUAUUUUGCUGGAUUUAAGGAAUGCUUAGUUUUAACUAGUUUGCCGUUGUCAGAGUGAUUUACUUGCUCUUUAGUUUCUCUUAUUCUAUUUAUUUUUAUUUAUUGUGCAAUCUCGAUUUCUGUUAUUAUCUGCUGCUUCUUGUACUUCGAUUACUGUAUUAUUUCGAUGUAGUUACCCGGUGUUAUGCUUUCUUUAGUGUUUUGCCAUGGCUUCUUGAUUUUUGUUAUUUCCUUUUUCGAACUACUUUGAAAUGUUUUUCCUCGAGCCAAGGGUCCACAGGAACCCUACCCUCCUCAGACCCCACUUUGUGAAAUUACACUGGAUUUCUUCUUGUUGUUGUUGUUUUUAAUCUGCAAUCUGUAUAAGCAUUAGUUUCUCCAUAGUUGGAUUAAAGUUUUCAACUUUAUUCAUUUUUGUAAUAUCUUGGUAUCUUGUCAUAAUAUUAGAAAGCAGCAGUGAGGAUUUUGCUGAGUUUCCCAUAUACACUUAUUUUUCUAACUUUGUAGGAGUCGAGCCUUGAUGUAGCUGCAUUCACUGCUCUUUUUGCCUAGUUAAUUCAGCUGGAAUUCCAAAUAAUUGAGUUAGUUUACCUCAAGCAGAUUUGAACCAAUUUGCUACUCAGGAAUGCUUUCAAUGUUUGCCAGAAUCUUUCUUCAAAGGACUUUGUAUUCGGCUCCAUUCACCAACAACACCAGUAAUUUCUUUAGGUGUCUUAAAACUGUAACACCUUCCAUAGACCUGUGUAGCAGAAGUGUGCCCAAUGAUGACUACUUUGCAACAAUCCAUCAUAUAUCGAACAUUGUUCGACGAGAUAUUUACCUGGAGCGGACCCUUAACAAGAUGCAUAUUUCCAGUAUUGUCAACUCUGAACUGGUGUACCGUGUCCUUCGAAGUUGUUGCCAACAUGGUAUUGAAUCAUUUCGCUUCUUUAACUGGGCUCGGACUCAACACCCUCAGUACGAUCCAACUACCGUCGAGUUUGAAGAGCUUCUUAAGACCCUUGCCCGGACUGCCCAUUGGGAGACAAUGUGGAAAGUAGUCCAGCAGAUGAAAGCCCAAAAUAUUCCUAUCUCACCUUCCAUUGUUUCAUUCAUUAUUGAACACUAUGGUAAGCGUGGUCUCAUUGAUCAGGCUGUCGAGCUCUUCAAUCGGCUCAAGAACUUCGACUGUCCUCAAACCACCGAAGUGUACAAUGCUAUGCUUUUUGCACUCUGUGAGGUCAAGAAUUUCCAAGGGGCCUAUGCAUUGAUUCGGAGGAUGAUACGAAAAGGUACUGUUCCAGAUAAGCAGACAUAUUCUAUUCUUGUAAAUGGCUGGUGUUCUGCUGGGAAGAUGAGAGAGGCACAAGAGUUCUUGGAGGAAAUGAGUCGGAAGGGCUUCAAUCCUCCUGUACGUGGAAGGGACCUUCUAAUUGUCGGGUUGCUCAAUGCCGGCUAUCUAGAAUCAGCUAAAGGACUUGUGAGAAAAAUGACAAAGGAAGGGUUCGUGCCAAAUGUCGGAACGUUCAAUUCUUUGGCAGAGGCUAUAUGUAAAACCGGGGAAAUCGACUUUUGCAUUGACCUUUUCAAUGAUGUUUGUAGAUCAGGGCUUUGUCCCGAUAUUGAGACAUAUAAGAUUGUUAUAAAUGCUGCAUCAAAGAUAGGUAGGAUCGAGGAGGCAUUUCAGAUUCUUCAUAGGUCAAUUGAAGAUGGACACCGGCCAUUUCCCAGUUUAUAUGCUCCGAUUCUAAAAGCUUUCUUCCGGAGAGGACAGUUUGAUGACGCAUUUAGCUUUUUCAGUGAUAUGAAACUGAAAGGGCAUCCUCCAAAUCGACCACUUUAUACCAUGCUGAUAAAGAUGUGCGCUCGUGGAGGUAGAUUUGUAGAGGCUGCUAACUAUUUAGUAGAAAUGACUGAGUUAAAUUUAUUGCCUAUGUCACGAAGCUUUGACAUGGUCACUGAUGGAUUGAAGAAUUGUGGGAAGCAUGAUCUUGCAAAACGGAUCGAGCAGUUGGAGAUAUCUGUUAAGGGCAUCUGAAUCAUUGUGUGGCUCUAGCUAAAGUGUUCUCUCUAUCACUGCACUUGAGGAUCUUAAAGUUGAAAAAGGUAUACAGUCGAGGUACUACAUUGUCCGACCUACCUUAGCUCAUUUGUGGCUUUUGCCUUAUGGAAGCAAGCACCUAGAUAAACUUCUCUGGCCGCGACUUGAGUAAUUUAGCAUGAAGUCACGAAAAGCCUGUCACGGAGUGAAGAUCAUCGCGAAGUCAAGAGUUUGUUGUCUGUUGGUUCUAACCUAUGUUAGACUAUCCAAAAAUUCUACUUCACCAGUAUCGGAUCCUCCAAAAAAAAAAAAAACUAA